GCCCUUCCAUCUCAAAAAGUCAAACAAUCAACUUUGCAAUCCAGAAUAUCCCUUCCACAAACAACGCUCUUUGAACAACUUCACUAUAACCUUCUAAUAAUCAUCUCAUUACAUUUACAGACUUCAAUACCGUCAAGAUGUUAGAAGCCCGCCUCGAACAAGCAGACCUCCUCAAGAAGGUUGUCGAUGCCAUCAAAGAUCUCGUUCAAGACUGCAACUUCGACUGCAAUGAUUCUGGAAUCGCGCUCCAAGCUAUGGAUAACUCGCACGUUGCGCUCGUAUCAAUGAUGCUGAAGGCUGAAGGAUUUUCUCCUUACCGAUGUGACCGCAAUGUCGCUCUUGGUGUCAAUCUCACUUCCCUCACAAAGGUCCUGCGAGCUGCACAAAACGAGGAUAUUCUCACCAUCAAGGCCGAGGAUGCACCAGAUGUUUUGAACUUGGUAUUUGAGAGCAGCGAAAGCGAUCGAUUGAGCGAAUAUGAUUUAAAGUUGAUGGAUAUCGAUCAAGAACAUUUGGGUAUCCCUGAUACAGAAUAUGCGGCAGUCAUCAACAUGCCAAGUUCGGAGUUCAAGAGAAUCUGUGUCGAUCUUAUGGCUUUGUCCGAGUCUGUGUCGAUUGAGGCCUCAAAAGAUGGUGUUAAGUUCUCCUGUGCUGGAGACAUUGGCAAUGGUGCUGUCACCCUUCGCAGCCAUAGCAAUGUCGACAAACCAGAUCUUAACGUCGAUAUUGAGCUUACCGAACCGGUCUCCUUGACCUUCUCCCUCAAAUACUUGGUCAACUUCUGCAAGGCUGCUGGUUUGUCUAAGUCUGUCAAACUUUGCUUGUCUAACGAGGUUCCUCUCUUGGUGGAAUACCAGCUUGCCGGAAGCAGUUACUUAAGAUUUUACUUGGCACCAAAGAUUGGUGAUGACGAGUAGGUAUGGCUGUCGAAAAGGAUUAAUGAACAAUGAUAUCAAAGUUUAAAGCACAUUCAGUAUGGCGCGUGGGUUGGUUUAUGGAUAUGGACAAUGGUUGUGGUAAAUUGUGCCAUGGAUGGUUUUGUUGCUCAGCGCAUGGCAUGCGAUAAAGCAAUUCAUUGAUUUUUUUCUUCAGAAUCUGUUAAAAAAAAAACAAUAAUAAGAUACAUUCGGAGAACAAUUUUUCUUACA